AUGAAUAUGCUGAUCACAACACUAGUUGUCCUAUUGGGGCUGGUCACGAAACUAAAUCCAUCACAAGCAAUCAACGAGAAGGAAACGGUAGUGCUGAAGAAUGACAUCCCAGGUGAAUAUGUGACUAUCCAUCCUUACUCCUCUGAGGACGACCUUGGAGUGCACGUGCUCCCCUAUGGUGCAAAUUUCACUUUUCACUUCCGCAUAAAUAUAUUGUCGACCACCAAAUUCUUGUGCGAUUUUUUCACUGCGCACGGCUCUGGGAACUAUGCUGUUUUCAACACCAGGUUGGGAUAUCAAUGCUGGGGUUACUGCUUGUGGACCAUUGGGACCUAUGGACUGUGCCUCCAGCAAAUCGACAAUCAACUGUACUGCCAAACCUGCAAAAAACCUGCACCUCCUAAGAUGAUAACAAAUGUUAACAAGUUGUAG